AUGAUACCCAAGGUGUGCGGGACGCGGUCAGCCAGGACCAUUUCCAAGGCGGCUUACCACCGCGGUGUGGUGAUCGUGCAGUGCCCUGGCUGCAAAAACCGCCAUAUCAUUGCGGACAACCUGGGCUGGUUCUCCGACUUGGACGGGAAAAGGAACAUUGAGGAAAUCCUGGCGGCUAGAGGGGAGGCAGUGAGGCGAGUUGCUGGCAAAGACGUGGUGGAGCUGCUGCGCAGUGACCCAGAGGUGGGGGGCCCCCCGGGCCCACACUCGGAAGCGGAUGAGGCAGAAGAGACCAAAGGAUAAUGCAGUCGCCCUGGACUGGGACUCAAGGGGGAAGCCGCAGACUUUCUGCCUCUCAAAGAAAGAUUUUGCUGGACUCUUCUCAAGCAAAUCUUCCUCUCCCAAACUCCUGGCUUCCUGUUUCCUAACAAUGCCUUUUGCAGCAUGAAAGUAGGCAUGCCUUGCCGUCAGUGGGGUUUGGGUUGUACAAUUUAGGACAAGGGGUUGUGGGGUGUGGAGGAGGGGCUGGGUCUCCCUCAGCCUGAGGGCUGGCUUCCGUCUUGGAGGUGCGCUUGGCCAGGGCUGGCCCGAGUUACGUUGCUGCUUGGGGCAAAAUGCAGGGUGGUUUCUGCACUGCCAUUCUGUGUCCAGAUGCCGACCAGACUGACAGGUGAACUUUCCUUCGACAGCAUCAUUGCAUGGCCUCAGUGUUGUCUUCACUGUGGAAACACAUUGAGAGCCGUGCAGGAUCAGACUCAGGAUCAUAGAGUAGGUGAGUUGGCCCUUCUAGGACAACCAGUGCUCGGAGAAAGCCCCGAAGCCGGGCAAGAGUGCAAGAGCACUCUCCUGUCCAUGUUCCCCAGUAAGUGGUGUCCCUUGCCAUCCUGCUUCUGAUGCUGGAGGGAGCCUGAAGCUGUCCAAACUUGUAACCGGUGGUCUCCUCCUCCUCCAGGCAAACUUAAGAAAAGCCCUGCUAGAUCAGAUGGAUGACCUUCCUAGGCUGGCAUUCUGGUCACGGUGGUCCACAGAGGACGGGGCUGCAGGAGCAGCCUCCAGCCUAGGCCCCUCCAGCACCUGGCUCUGCAGUCCAGCAGCAUCUGCUGGAAGCCACUGCCCAGAACCUGGCCUGAGGGCACACAAGCCACCCACCCAGGUCUGGAGCCGGCCUGAGCUUAGCGGGGGACCACCUGAGAACCAUGUGCGGCCACCUCGAAUUCCACCAUGGGAGAAAGAUGGGAUAUAAAUAUAAUAAACUGCUUCACUGCCUGCUGGGGGCUGAAAGCAAGAGGUGGGUCCUUGUCACUCUCCACGCUUCCCUUUACAUAAAAGCUCUCUCUGCCAGUAGUGAAGCAUCCAGAGAGGGAUUGCGGGAAUGCUGUACAAGGGCAGGGAAGCCACCGACGACCUGUAUCUCAGAAAGGAGCUGUGCUCAUCUGGAGAACCCCAGUGGCUCAGAUUAGCACUCCAGGCAGCCUGGGUUUGGCGCAUUUAUAUCUUGGAUCCCACCACAUCAAUAGAUGUGUAACUUGCAGGCCAGUGCAUCGGGAGGGCAUCCUGUCACGCAAGCCUGAGAUCGAGCCCCCCCCCCCCACACACACACAGGUUGCUUCACCUCUGACACACUCGGGAACCACUGAAAAUGGGGCGGGAGGGCGCUGCUCAAGAAAGGCAGUCCCCGUGUUCCUCCCAGAGCCUCGUAUUCAGGAAAGGGUCGCCGGAGCUGCCUUGCCUGGGCUGUGUGCCAGGUGACCCCGUUCCGUCCAAGCUCUGCUCUGCCAGUUCAGCCCUGGCAGCCCCCCGCCCCAGCCUCCUGUGGUGUCAGAUUUCCCUCUGCCACAGCCAGCCGGCGGCAGUCGUGCUGCAAAAAUGGGAUGGCUUGGGGAGAGGCUGAGCUUGGCGGCCGCCCUUCAGAGUGAAGAGCCCCAGGAGAAAGGGGGCUGACCCUGCAGAGCACCGCAGGCUGGAGAGCAGAAGCGCUGAGGCUUUGGCCGGAGGGCAGUCAGUGGCAUCUUCCUCCUGUAAGGCCGUCCCUCUGCUGGGUGCACCCAAGCACAGCACGAAAGGUCAGAGAGAGGCAUGCAGACAGCUCAGGUUUUGGAUGGGAAACUAGCUGAGCUGACCCUGUUGGGAGACCCCCCCCGAGACAAAUCCCCUCAUGCCAGCUCGCUUUUUCAGGGUUGGCAAGGUGGGUCCCCUCUCAGCAAGGCCGCCUGCCCACCACCAAUAAGGCUGCCCUCCUGGCUCGGGCUUGCUUGCUUGCCAGGCAAGGAGUCAGUGGCCAGGUGGCCAGAGCAUCACCUGUGCCUGAACCGCAGUGACAGGUGGGUGACCCAGCAAGGCUGGAAUGGAGAAGAACCACGUCCAGGGGUUUGCACCCAGGUGUCCCUGCCGGCCCUCGGCGGGUGCCCAGCUAUACCGACUCUUGCUGCGGACCGCUGGGUGCCAGAAUUGGAGGGAGCUGCCUGCCUGCCUGCCUGCAGUUUUGGAGAAGCCCAGUAGGGCUUGGCAGCCCAAGAGUGGAGCCGAUUUCUUCCUAAACUUGGAUCACAGAGAUAGCCAUGCAGGUGGAGGAAUGAAAGAAAUGCCUGAGGCUGUGAAAGACAGAUGAAGAGUGGAUGUCAUGAGCGGAGCCAGCUGGAGUUGGGGGUCAGACUAGAUGGCCCGGGAGAUCCCUUCUGACUUGCUCAGUUUCUAAGAGCUUACUGGAAAAAAAAAAAAUCUUGCCACAACUGCCCAGCAGAUGGUAAGAGGUGAAGUGGCAGGCUCUUGCGAAGACACCCGUUGUGAUUUCAAAAUGUACUAAUUGUUGGGGCCAGACCCCCGCAGUGCAGGGAAGGGGCAGCUACUUCUCUGCAACAACCAUGGCCUGAGUACCCCUUCCAGAGGGGGUGUAUUGCAAUUCCCAUCAUCUCCAUCCAGCACGGGGGAGGCUGAUCUGGGGGAUUGCUGUUGCCCCAAGCCUUUCUAAUCCCUUCCCUAGCCCUGUGUUUGUACCAAGACUGGUUAAAAGUAGCCCAGAAUCCUCUGGACAGGGGAGAAAAUAACACUUGAAAGAGAUUGGCUCACAAAAUGUUUUAUUAAUCAGCCCCAUUCUCUCCC